AUGCUCUCCACCGAGUCGGGGAUGUCCAGCGUGUUUUGGGGAGCAACCGGACGCUUCACCACAGGGGCUCAAGACACCCCCAAAAAAACGCAGACCCUGUCGGCUGUGGCCGUGGGCCACCAGCACAACCACGAGAGCAUCUCCGGGGCUUUCGAGAGCAUCUACAAGCAGCACGGGGUGGCGGGGCUGUGGCGGGGGGUGACGGGCGCCGUGCCCCGUGUGGCGGUGGGCUCGGCUGCGCAGCUCGCCACCUUCACCUCCGCCAAGGACUGGGUCUGCGAGCGCCAGGUGUCCUGGGGGGGCGGCUGGGCCGCGGUGCUGGCGGGGGGCAUGGUGAGCGGCGUGGCCGUGGCGGUGACGAUGGCGCCCUUCGACGUGGUCAGCACCCGUCUCUACAACCAGCCGGUGGACGCCGACGGCACAGGCAAGCUCUACCGGGGUUUUUUGGAUUGCAUCCUGCAAAUCUCCAGCAAAGAGGGGCUGCUGGGCUUGUACAAGGGCAUCGGCGCCGUCUACCUCCGCCUCGGCCCCCACACCGUCCUCAGCCUCUUCUUUUGGGACGAGCUUAGGAAGAUGGUGCAGCACCAGCAGCCCCCAAGGCCGUAGGACGGGCUCCCGGCCCCGCCGCGGCCGUUAAUAAAGGGGUUUUUC